AUGGCCUAUUCAGAUGGUCAGGUCACUGCUGGAGAUAUUUCUCGUGCCCUAUUCUAUGCCAAUUUGUGUUUGUUGGCCAUGCGCCUGUAUGUGGACAAGAGCUUUUCCACUUCCCUUCUUGGAUAUGCAGAAGCUUUUCACAAACUCAUGAAAUGGGAAAUGGAGACCUUUGUCACGCCUUUCAUCAAUAUAUCCUUCCUCAGCAGGUGCUCCGCUGUCAUUCCAACACCCCUUCAUCAUGUGAUUGCAAUCAUGAUCGCACAUACAUUGGUGGACCGGCAGCCGGAUGUCACUGAGUUUUUGAUGGAUAUUAAAGCAUUGAACCUCUCUGUGCACUGCAAGGAGUCAGAUGAAUAUGACAUUGCUCGUAUGCCCGACUACUUUAAUGCAUGGUGGAAGGACAAUCUUGCCUCUUGCAAGGUGUCAGACAUGUUGCCAAAGUCAUCUGUCCAAGAUGUGAUGGAGUUGGUUGAGGGCCAUUUUGUAGAACUUCCAGAUCAUGUGGAAACCGGCCUUCUUCCAUAUAUGCUCAAGCUUGGUCCGACGGCAAUUGGUAAAGAUCUCAUGGAAAUAUUGCAAGGGAGAAUGAUGAAACUUGCACAUUCAAGUGAUAGGUUGGCACACUUAGCUGGGCCGGUUGAGGAGAUCACAAGGGCUGUGGUUUCCUCACAGACGCUCAUGGACCGGUUGAAUGCAGAUGACAGUGCAUCCAAAGGACAGUCGAGCAUAAUGUGA